AUGCAUCGAAAGAGUAUUAGUACUGACUAUAGAAACUAUCCCUAUGUACCGCCAAUUUAUACGCUACCUUCGCGACCAUCUCGUCAAAACUACGAUCCGAUACAACAUACAGAACAAGUACUCUAUUCUCAUUCGACAUUGAAUUCAGCCGAUGCUCAACGCCAAAUUCAACCUUUGCCAGCGAUUCCUGACGCAUCCGAUCCGUUGACAGUUUUCGAUGAUCGACAACCACGUGCACGUCUUCGAUCAAAUACGAGCUCACUUUCGUCAGGAUAUAUUCCACCGAACCCUUUACAACGUUCAUCCGUAAGUGAUUCACGUCUUGCAACGGCCAAUGCUAUGCGUGAACGAUUAUUAACCGACAUUCAAGAUAAUAUCAUGGAAAUCGAACGAGAACUUUCGACAUUGGAAGUACGACCAACAAUCGCGAAUUACAUUCCACCACAUCAUUCGGCCAUGAGUCAGAAAAGUGUACAACAGAAACGUGGUCAUCUUCACAUUUGUAAAAAUUGCCAGACAAGUAUUGACGAACGAUCCGAUUCAUCGAUUGAAGAGGAAGAAGAAUCUGAGAAACGCCGUAAAUCUAAGAAAAAAGUCUAUCAAGUUAUUCCGAAGACAGCCAGUCCACCGGGAAAAACGUUAAAACGUUCGACAACGAAACUAAUUGAGCCGCAGGCCUACAUUGGUCAAUACCAUUACGGAGCUGAGAUUGGCGAAAGUGAAAUAACAGGCGAUGUACCGGAAAAUGUGACAUUCGAAUCUAUAAUCGAACAGAUUCCUGAGUUCAAAUACGAAGCAUUAUCAACCGAACAAUUUCUUCGUACCCAACCACCUUUACCGUUGAAUCGUGCAUUGAUCUUUGCUGUAAUGUAUGGUGAUAAAGAGAACGUGGGCGAUAACGAAUCUGCCGAUGACUUUCGUCGAAAGAAACCAACGACAAUGAAAGCUGAAGAAUUGCUCGUUGCUCCUCUGUCGGAUAUCGAAUCUACAGAUAAAAUAAUUACACAAAACUUUGAAGCGUUAAUUAAAACUGCACCUGAACCACCAAACAUUGGCGAACCGCCGGAUCCAUCCGAGCUAAAUGAGGAUGAAAUCAUGCGAACUAUGUUUUCCAAACCGCUGAAACACAAUCGUCUUUCCACAAGAACUUCAGAAUCAUUGUCAGGUGCACCAGCAGGCCAUAAAAGUUCGGAUAAGAAUGGUCCGAGUGGUAAAGGUUACUUUUUUAGUGAUUUUGGAAACGAAGGUGAUGUUGAAGGCGAAGAAGAUCUCAUUUCUCUUGAUCUCAGUAAUUUCGCAGUACCAGUCUCGUCCGAAAUGGUAUCCGAUGAAAACGCACUAGGGCGGCCGUUUGCAACAUCUUUACCGAAUCCCCAUGGUAAACAACAAGUUAUCCAAAACGAACACGAUAAAGAUGCCGAAAAUAAGAAGCACGGCGCAGACAAUACAGAUAAUCUGAACAAUUCCUCUACACAGCAAAUGCUAUCAAAUUCAGCAACUGAUAUAUCUAAAGGGCAAUCAACCAAGCCGAAUGAAUAUGGACUCAAUAAUCGACGUGCAUCACGAAAAAUGUCGACUGUGAACACAACGGCACCGUUACCUAAAUCGACGAAAUCAUCGUUUCAUUUCGAUUCAUCAUUAAUUGCAUUAGAACAUAAAGAACUAACUAAACCACCUGCCAAUCCGCCUGAAAAACGACCCGUUUCAGGUAGUAAGCAAUCUCGUUUGGUUCGACAACGAUCAUCUUCUCUUCGGCAAGAUUCCAAAAUUCCGCAACCGAGUACUGUCGCUCGUCAACAAUCUAUUAUUUCUCCGGAAACAAAUACUAGGCAAGGAAAACCUGGAGCACGGCGUACUUCAGUACUUCCUGUUCCGCUCAAUCAACCUGAACGUCCUAAAGAUCGAAUUUCAACAUCAAGAAGUACGACGCCCGAAAGAAGAAAUUCCAUUCCUGUGCUCGAUCAAAAUGUACUCUUUUCGUUACUGGAUAUGGUCGACUUAGAUGAGCCAUCCGUAAUCAUCGAAAUAGAUUCUAAGCCAAAUGAAGAAUCGUCGCAUGAUACACUUAGAGAUCAAACUUUGUCAAUGAACGAAGAAGAGGAUGCCCGUUGGAAAGCAAUCUCAUCAGUCGUUAUUCAAUCGGAUCAUUCCUUACACGAAGAUUUGUAUUUGCCUGAUCUAUUUGAUACAAACAUCGUAUCUACAGAAGAUAAAGAUACAUACCAAGGAUCGACAACUUCGGUUUCGACUGCCAAUCAAUUAAAUUACAAAUAUCAAACGUCACAUCUGCAUACGGAUGAUUUGACACCGAUGGAGAAUCGUCAAUCAUUAGAACAACAAUUUUGUGUUGUAUUUUGCAAUAAUACCUCUCAUCUACCAGUGAACCAAAUACCCAACUGGAGCGAUCGUCUGAGUACUUUCACUACCGACAAAAAGUUACUUUCUGAUAAGUACGCAUUUUUGAGACAAAAUGUCAACUUAUCCGAUACUUCGGACUAUCUAACUGAUAAACUAGAAAAGAGUACAGGCACACAAGCCUUAUCCGAGCAAGUAUCAUCCAUGUUACUUGGUCAACGAAAAAGUUCACUUCAUGACAAAAGUCAAUCAUACUCAUUCGAUCAAUCGAAUUCCCAAAUUUGUUAUACCAACCCGAAAUGGCAUAGCGUAUCAAAUCUAUCGAAAACUACUUCAGGCCAGCAGACAAAUACGCUACAUGAUCUUUCAGACAUCAAUUCACGUCAAGAGGAUUGUGAGAUGCCUCAUCCAACAGCUCGUCGAUAUACUGAACCUGAUGUGCGCCGUGCUUUUCCUUCAAAUGAAAAUCUUCGAAGAAAAUUGACAUCUUCAUCCGAACUCGAUCGUCGACAAAGAACCGAAGAUAAAUCAUGUUCAUCUGAACAAUAUGAUGGCUUCGAAUCGAACACACUGACGGAUAUAACACUGAGUGAUUAUUCGACAAUCUUCUUAACACAAAAUUCGAAAUUAAACGAAGAAAAUUUUAAUGACAAAUAUUCCGCUGAGUUUCGUCGUGUGAAUACACCGCCGAAUCGACCGAAAUGGAAUUCAGUCAGUAAAACACGUAGUGUUAAUUUCAUCUACAAUCCUAAAGUACCAAAUUCCAAUUCGAUUCGAAAGGGAUGGGAUUACGAACUGCGAAGGAAACGUGUGCAUAAGUUACCACCGCUUGAACAUCCGAGAGAGCAACAUGAACAUUCUCAACUCGCUAUCGAAGCACCGCCAUUUAAUGGUCGAUUAGCCAUCGAUUAUAAUUAUGACAACUCAGUGCACGAACGGUCCAAUCGAACAACGCCCUCAAGUCGACAACUUGUUUCAAUCAAUCGUUUCGCAGAACUUCAAUUAGUUUCCGAGUCUCCUCGAUCGCAACGACCUGUUCAUCAAGAAUGGUAUAAUGAUAUGAAUAGAUCACAAAGAACGGAUGUGGAACAAACAACAAACGCUUCUACUCACCGGAAAAGCACGUCAAGAGAAUUUGCACCAUUACAUCCAUUGAAUCACAAUAGUCUACUCAAUGGUACGUUACUUGAUCCUUCUAUUCGAACGAACCGAGCAACCGAACUCCGAUUAUCAAGAGAUAUGGAUGAACAUCAUCAUCACGCGCAUGAUGUGAAUCAAUCGAUGCCAUUUGAGAUUCGAGGUUUUCAGGUUAAAGGUAUGCAACUAACUACACCGGACGAUGCGAAGAUACGACCAUUAUUAAAUGUAAAUUAUCGAGCAAGUGAACGUGUGAAAACGCGUCGUAUUUAUCCAUUAGGACAUCCAUUUCAAGAAAAUCUCGUAGGUCGACGUAAUUCUCUUUUGCCUAUUGAAGAAUUUCGACAGUCAUCAUUCUCAACGUCUGUUGCUGAUUUACCACAAUCAGUUCAUGAAGAGUAG